UUCCAACACUUCCCAGCUUGUUGAGCAAAGUAAUAAUUAACAGCUCCCCGGACCUGCAUAAACUAUCCGGACAUCUGUCAGGCAGAGUGUAACGCUGUCAUGCUUCUCCAAGGGCUGAGUAAGAGGGCAUGCGAAAGUCCUCCAUUACUUCUCAUUUCAUUUUGAUCAUACAAAGGCUGCCACCAAGUCCCCCCUGAGCCUUCUCUUCUCCAGACUGAAGAGUCCCGAGUCCCUCAGCCUCUCCUCAUAUGGCCUGCCCUCCAGGCCUUGGAUCAUAUAAGUGGCUCUCCUCUGGACUCUCUCAAGCUUCUCCACAUCCCUCCUGAAGUGGGGGGCCCAAUACUGGAUGCAGUCCUCCAGCUGCGGACUCACCAGGGCUGAGUAAACAGAAGGAUGACUUCCGUGAUUUUCUUUGAAAUGCACGGGUGGAUGCACACCAAAGUUUGGUUUGCUUUGCCAGCCACAGCAUCGCAUUGGUGGCUCAUUCAUCUUGUGGUCAGUCAAGAUUCCCAAGUCCCUUCCGGUCGUGGUGCUAACAAGUGUAGCACUGCCAAGCCUUUCCAUCUAGUCUGAGUAAAUGAAGAAAGUGACCAUGAAAUCACAACAUCCACCAUCUGCUUUUGCCAUCCAUGAGAAGUACAUUACCAGAGACCAACUUCAUUCUUUACUGAAGACAUACAACUCUUUUUAUUCUGAUCAAGAGAAUCUGCAACUUUCAUAUAAUCAGCCAGAAGGCAGCAAGCCUACUAUUGAAGGAAUCCUGUCUAUCUUUUGGGGAGUACGACAUCCCAUCCGGUUGAAAAUUCAAGAUGAGAAGCAGAUUCCACCUUUCGUAACUAUGAAGUCACCAGAGCGUGAGGGUUUAUUUCCUAACAAAAGAGGGAUGACACGCUGGGGAGAGUUUGAUAAUCUGUAUCACAUUGGCGAAGAGACACUAAAUACUUCUGAACAGGAGAUAAACCAUGAGAAAGAUUACUUGUCUUAUGAAAACAGCACUCUGAAGCCAAUGAGGAAACAGGAGUUUGACUCCCCUUCCCUGCCAAGAACCAUGAGUGAUGCUGCACUAGUGAGAAAGAAGACAAAGCAUAUCACAAUAGCAAGAGAAGAUGUGGAAAGUCACAGGUUCUGCAUUAAUGGACAUUUCUACAACUAUGAGACAUCAGUUUUCAUUCCAGCUUUUGGAUCAGAAACUAAAAUAAGAAUAAACAGCAACAUGAAAACAGGGGAAGUGAUAGAACAACUGCUUCAUAAAUUUAAGAUUGAAAACAGUCCACAUGAAUUUGCCUUAUACAUUAUCCAUGCCUCAGGAGAAAAGAAACAGCUCAAGAACACAGAGAUUCCACUGUUGGAGAGAAUCUUACAGGGACCUUCAGAAAAAAUUGCCCAAUUUUUUCUCAUGGACAGGGAUGCAGAAGAAGUCAGCAGUGAUGUUGCUCAGUACAUUAAGUUUAAUCUAUCCUUUUUGGAAUCAAUUCUAUGCAGACUAGAAAAAGAGGAAGAACUGGAGAUUCAACAGACUACGUCAAAAUACCAUAAAGAGAAGACACUAAUAACUCAGCACCUUCACAGUAGAACUGUAAAAAAAACAGAGACUACUGUAUAACAUCGUGCUGCUAAUAAAACGCUUCAUCUAAGCCAAAGGAGAUUUGAUAUUCUGUCUCUAAUGAUUCUGGAAAUAUUAAGAAGACUGUGCCAUUACAGAACUCUACAACAUAUGGGCCUGUAAAGCAUUGAUGGUUGCGGCUGGUUACUGUACAGCUGGGAUUGAAAGAAACUGUAUUGCAGUUUCAGAGCAGAAGUGGAGAGCAGCAGAAAAAAAAUGUGUUGUUCUCUUCGAGCUGCAAAUCUAACAUGAAACUUCAGAAAAGAGAAAUUUCCAUGAAAAGAAGAAAGGCUUGGAAACCUAUUCACUUGCAAUCCACAAGCCAGGAUAUUGUGAAUGUAUAUAAGCAUUUCCAUCAUCCCACUGCGUUAAGAAUGGCACAGGAAACCAGAAGUAAAGUCAUACGUUGUUUUUUUACAUUCUGAGUUUGGGGAAGCUCCUUAACGGAUUGAAGGGUCAGGUGCACAAAGGUGCAGGCAGGCCACAAAUGGAAUUUACUAAAACCUUCAAGAAGGUGAGGCACCUAAAUCCUAUAAAAAGUAGAUGGCAGUUUGGUAUCUAACUCACUGAUAUUUGUAAAUCAACCCUGUAGUGUUAAAAUUUGAAUACAAAUUGGAAAAGUCUCUUCCACUCGGAGUUUAUAGCUAUAUACUUAUAAAUAAGCAAGACAAAGCACUUUUUUUUUGGUGAAGCACUUUAUCAGUUCCUGUAUCAUGAGCUUUCUCUAUAUAUUACUUCAUUUGUUUGAUGUAAGUAAGACCAGUGCACAUGUAGAGGUUGACAAUUUACUGUGCAUUAGAUUAGUCUAAUCCACAGUAAAGCAUCUAAUGUAGAUGUACUCAGAGAGCUUGGUUCAGCAGGAGAGAAUGUGUAGAUGCAAUGCAGUCAUAACCACGGUGGGCAGUGCUGGGGGACAUUGGCAUCGUUCUUCCAUAGCCCAGAAGAUCUGAGGCCUCAGGCAUGUCUCUCAUGUCUCUUAACAUGUGUGGGCAUAUCGUUGUGAUAUGCCACCCCCCCGCAUCAGCACAGUUAGAAGCAGCAUAGACAUACCCCUUGUAGCUACACCAUAGUUCAUAGACUUUAAUAUGGUGUCCUCCAGCUGGAUCAGUUCAAGCAUUUUUCAGGCACUGAAACUACAAACUGGUAAAUAAAACCAGCAUAACGUACAUGAACAACUCACUGCCCUCUCCUGUCCUGAUGAGGUUGCUUUUAUCAAGGGGCUUCUAUCUCUCUAGCUGAACUGCCCUUUACUUAUGCAAAUACCAAAGGGCAAACACUGAGGGUUGCUUAACCAUGCAAUCAACUAAACUUUAAUAACUGUCCUUCCUCUUCUCCGGAACAUUUUUAACUUGCAUGGUGGAGCAGAAAUGGAGAACACCUAUGCUGUCAGGCUCUACAAUUUAUUAUCAGCAGAUAGUUUUAAGGUGGAACUUCUUGUAAUCCUGCCUACACAGGCUUGUGAAGAUGCUGAUGUUUGACUAAAAUCAUUCAGCAGUUAAGAUGUACAGGGUACAUAUCAGCAACUUCAACAGUAGACAACUCUGUCCCCUAAGAUAAUAUAUGUAUGCACACAGGGGUCAUAGCAGUAUCUGAAGGAAUGUUCAGACAUUACACUUGGACUGACCUAAUUAGAGCUAGAUCUGUCUAAGUGCUGAUCUGUACAGGAGGUUAAAUCAGGCAAAACAUGACCAGCCCGAUCUAGCUUAUUUCACCUGAGGAGGUGAAUUAAGUUAGAUCAGGAACAGUUUAGCCCAAUCUAAUGAAUGUCUGUACACAUUUGAACUGUAGCCCCAGGACUGGAAAAGCUCAGCCACUCACCUCAGUCCCAGGGCUGCGCUUUUCCUUGUGUCCACCACCCCCACUCCCCCCCCCAGCUUGACUGAGCUAGUCCCUCCAGUCUGAGAUUGACUGUCAGGGGCUACCCAAUCGACCAGUUGAUCAGGAUCAACCAGUUGGUGACCACUGAUAUACAAGAGAAGCAAGGGUCCUACAUUUGCUUCCAUUCAAGUGAACAGAAAAACUGUCUGUCUUCAGUGGAAGCUUCUGAAAGUGCAAAACCUCACCAUAAGCCUUUUGGACAGUCUUUGAACCCAAAAUUUUCUCUUUUCGGAGCAAUUUUGAGAAAAGGUGACUGCUGUCAUCCUAUUAGCUAAAGGGUUUAUUUUGUUAUUUUUGUAAGCUUUGUUUCUUUAAUGGUUUUCAAUGUAUCCAGUGCAUUAUUUGUAUGAAACAAUUCUAAUGCUUAUGCAAAACCAGCUGUUUCUAUGCUGCGGAGAGCAACAUACUAACCAGCUAAAUAGUUAUUUUUGAAUGUACAAUAUGAAAAUAUUUGCAAAUUAAAAUACUUGUAGUUCGGUA